CAGUUUCCACAAGUAACGGCGGUCUGUCUCUUCACUCGCUCGCUUGCUCUUUCUGCAGUGACUCAGCUCCUUCCUCCGUCUGCGACUUUUGCGAAUGCACCUUCCAUAAGUUUGUCGAGUGUUCCGCGCUUUCAGCUUCCUUCAGCUCAGCCCUCAAAUUUUCCGCAUCAUCCUCGCAGCCUUUUUGACUCUGCCCCCUUCACCACCAGAUUAAGAGACCCCAACGCCAACCUUGAGAUUCUGAGCAAUACAUCUCGAUUGCCGCAAGUAGCAUAAGACAAGACCAUUCACGCUCCCAGCAAUCCGAUCGCUCGCCAGUCGAGCAACAGGAAUAUGGCAAUCUACGAAGGCGCUCCGUACCGGCCGCAGGAUCCCAAUGAGAUAGAGGAAAUGCUCCGCGGCUUCGAAGCCAACAAGGGCAAAGCGAAGAAAAGUUCUGGCUUCUCCUGCAAAAAAGCUACAUUUGCAGUGAACGGUACAGAUAUCCGAGUCGACUCGUGGCGCAUGCAAGAUUGGGACUACAAGAAGCCUAACCUGCCCAGCUAUGCCAGAGGACUCUUCACCACACGAACCAGGAACGGUCACCCUGAGAUUGCUGUUCGCGGUUACGACAAGUUCUUCAAUCACGGCGAAGUUCCCGAAACCGAAUGGAAGAAUGUCACCGCGAAUACGAGAGGUCCAUACGAGCUGAGUGUCAAGGAAAACGGCUGCAUCAUCUUCAUUGCUGGGCUCGAAGAUGGGACUCUUAUUGUGUGCAGUAAGCACUCCACUGGAGAUCGAACUGAUGUUGGAGCCAGCCACGCGUCUGUUGGCGAGCAGUGGGUAGAGAAGCAUCUGGCCCGCGUUGGGAAAACUCGACAGCAACUGGCUCUGCAGCUUCGAUCGAUGAACGCUACCGCAGUCGCAGAGCUGUGUGACGAUGACUUUGAAGAGCAUGUACUCGCCUAUUCACCAGAGGCUGCCGGUCUCUAUCUGCAUGGCAUCAAUCUCAACCUACCUGAGUUUGCGACAUACCCGCAUCACUUGGUCGACAGAUUCGCUGAUGAAUGGGGCUUCAAGAAGACAACCUACCUCACCAACAACAAUAUAGAGGACGUGAAAAGCUUUCUUGAUAGGAUUGCAGAAACUGGAAACUUCCAGGGGCGUGAUACAGAAGGCUUCGUCAUACGUUGUCAAUCGAAGGCGAAUACGGGCGAGUGGCACGAUUGGUUCUUCAAGUACAAGUUUGAGGAACCUUAUCUCAUGUAUCGUCAAUGGCGAGAAUGUACCAAAGCGGUAAUCGCUCAGCGUGAGCCCAAAUACAAAAAGCACAAAGAGAUCACAGCCGAGUACAUCACUUUUGCGAGAAAGCAGCUGCACGGUAAUCCAGCUCUCGGAAAAGCUUACCAACAGAACCAUGGAAUUAUUAAAAUGCGCGACGACUUCCUCGCACAACGUGGUCUCACUGGCGCAGAGAUCAUCCGCCUCGAAGCACAGCAGGGCCAGGUCACCAACGAUGCAGUGACUGGAGAUGUGGUUCUCGUACCAGUUGCGACUAUUGGCUGCGGCAAGACUACAAUUGCAUUGGCCUUGUGUAAGCUCUUUGGCUGGGGCCACAUCCAGAAUGACAACAUCACCGUUCGGCGCGGUAAGCCCCUGGCAUUUGCCAAUGCAUGUUGCGCUGAGCUAGAAAAGUACGAUGCAAUGAUUGCGGAUCGCAAUAACCAUCAGCGGCGGGAGCGGCAGCAGCUUAUUGAAGACGUCUCGAAAGUGGUUCCCAAUGCACGCUUUGUAGCCUUGCACUUUGUUCAUGAUCGCGGAAACUACGACCACAUCAGACAGGCCCUGCGAUACCGAGUGCUGUCUCGAGGCGAUAACCACCAGACUAUACACACCAGCAAGGGAACUGAUGAAAUCGUUGGCAUCAUGGAAGGCUUUUUGCAUCGCUUCGAAGCUGUCAAUAGUGAUGCGCCUCCAGAUGAUGGCUUCGACUUGGUGAUCAAUCUUGACCCGACUCUGGACUCCCGGGAGAAUUUGGACACUGUGAUCACUAAGCUCUAUGCAGAGUAUCCACAACUGUUCCACGACCGCGAAAUGCCGUCUCCGGACGACAUGGACAGUGCUAUCCAGUGGGCACUGAGUGACUAUACCGUCGACAUCAAGCACGAGAUUCAGGGCUUCGACAACAAGAAAUCCAAAGGCAACAAUGCGCCCAAGUCUCAGCCUCAGUCUAAUGGUCAACCGAAGGAGAAGAAAGUGGAAUACUUUGCAGUUCAAGUGCCUGCUGGGAGACUGGUGCCGAUACUGAAUGCAAUGUUUGCAGGCGCAUCACCUGAACUCUCGCAAAUGUACAACGCCCUUCGAUCUCAGCGCCGCGUUCAGAACGAAUUCCACGUAACCCUCAUCCACCGGGCUACUGCUGCCGAGCAUCAGGGAACUUGGGCCCGCCUCACUGAACUUCACCAAAAGGCCGCUGCACCUACCGAGGGGCGAGCUUACGCCAUCCCAGAUCCGAACGUCGGGCUCUGUCGGGUGCGUCUGGAACGUCUGGUCUGGAACAGUCGUGUCAUGGCUUUUGUGGUAACACUCGUACCAUUCGAAGGCAGCCACGAAAAUUUCCAGAGUGUUAACGCUAUCGCACACAUUACCAUUGGCACAGCCUCGUCCGAUAUCAAGCCAAAGGAGGCCAACGAUCUCCUGGCGUCUUGGAACUGGAGCCGAAGCCAAGGAAUCAAUGCCGCUGGGACGUAUGAGAUGGCAGUUCCAGGUAAUAUAGAGCUGGAAGGGACGGUUAAGGCUGUUCUGUCGCGAUAAUGUUAUGACUAGCGCAGUGAGAAGGCAUAUUUUGUUCAUCUCCUUGGAGUGUUAGUUGCUUCGCCGGUCGCGCGAGCCGAGCAUACACCUUACAUUAUCAACGCCAUCACCACGAGCUCGGAAGCCUUGGAAAGCUGCAGCCGUCGUGGAUUAUGAGGGCUCUGACGGUACUCCUGGUUCCAGGCAGGAUCAUGGGCCUCAUCCUGCAGCGUGGAACAACACUGUACGGUCUGUGCUAGGUAAAAGCGGGACACGUCGCACGUUUCUUUAUAGCGACAAGAGCCUCUGGCACAUGAUCUAAGACGUUGCGCUUGCAGCUUCAAGCACAAGACAACUGAAUUCUGCCCGUCUACAAGAUCCAUCUUGGGUCGAUGGCGACAUUCGAGAUGUACACACAUGUUCAAGGCUUCCAGGGACCGAGAACACGGCUUCUUCCACAACGAGUGCACCGCCUGUCGAUAUCUGUCAGAUAGAGGAGACCCAGAGGCUAUCAUAGAUGUGUCGAGGAACGCUCCCUAGUAUGCAAGGCAUGUGGUAGACUCAGAGUAGCUCCCAAUGAAUAGUACUACGGAUUCC